CUCGCUUCCACAGGCCCCGCCCCUUGUCGUUGAUGCCCGUACCAAGAGGCCGCCGCCCGUCGCUCUCGCACUUCGCGGGCUUUUCGUACCCGCUGCGCCUGCUCGUACUGUCAACAUGGCAGCCAACAAGAGCAAAGGCCAGAACUCGCUGGCACUGCACAAGGUGAUCAUGGUAGGAAGCGGUGGCGUGGGCAAGUCUGCACUCACGCUGCAAUUCAUGUACGACGAGUUUGUGGAGGAUUACGAACCCACCAAGGCCGACAGCUACCGCAAGAAGGUGGUGCUGGAUGGCGAGGAGGUGCAGAUCGACAUCCUGGACACGGCUGGGCAGGAGGACUACGCCGCGAUCCGAGACAACUACUUCCGCAGCGGCGAGGGCUUCCUCUGCGCCUUCUCCAUCUGUGAGCACGAGUCGUUCGCUGGCACCACUGAUCUCCGAGAACAGAUCCUGCGUGUGAAGGAAGAUGACAGCAUCCCCUUCCUGCUCGUGGGGAACAAGUCAGACCUGGAGGAGCGGCGGCAGGUGUCCAUAGAGGAGGCGCGGGCACGUGCAGACCAGUGGGGCGUUGGCUACGUGGAGACGUCCGCCAAAACUCGCGCUAACGUCGACAAGGUGUUUUUUGAUCUGAUGCGUGAAAUCCGGACAAGGAAGAUGGAAGACAACAAGGACAAUGGGAAGAAAAAGAAAAAGAAGAGCCUUGCCAAGAGAAUCCAGGAGCGAUGCACGCUGCUGUGAGAGGUGCUUUUUGCCUGCACUGGCAUCCCCUAGAUGUGACCAUGUCUCACCUCGUGAAAAAGACAAACACAGAGGUUCACCUUGUGGCCCGCUUACACUGUUUGUGGCAAGUGCUUUUAGUGAGCACCUAUCACAGUCGGUGCAGCACGCAAAGGGGUGGCGUGGACAUCGCUCAAGGCCAGCCAUCUUUGUCUCUCCAUUGCCCAUGUUGACACGGUGCACUAGGUACUCAUUUAAGGCUGAGUCGACCUUGGGGAGAGACCCAAGAGCUUUUCAGAUAUCACUUGCCACUGUUUAGCCAUGAUUGGGAAUUGAACUCAGGUUGCUGGGUUCUGAGCGCAGUGCGCAAUCUACUACACCACUGCUCCACCCAUUGCACACAUACACUCGCUUCUGCCACAGUCAUCACAUGAAACACUCAUGUUGUCAAGAAUUGAUGUACCUCUUUUUUUUAAAUACCUUCGAAGUAACUUUCAACAUGUCUUCAUCUUAAAUGUAAUUUUUUGGGGGUGGAAGUAUACUUCUGUUUCCUUAAUCACUACUCCUUGCACGAAUGUAAACAUGUGUAGGUGACUUUAACCUCCAUUUUUAGCUCAAAGUGAUUUGCACCCAAAAGUGCCAAAUUGCACAGAAUUAACACUGUGAGGUGCACAUCAAGGUCUCAUCACACCGCAUGGGCCACAGCUUGCAACUCAUCACAUUGGCUCAUUUUUUCACCUGCUCACUCACUCAGGGCUUGUCCACCUACUGUAUUGACCAUCUCGCCUGGAGUCUUUGACCCGACCACCUCACUCUCUUGGGAAUCAAGACUGAUUGCCUGACUCAUGUGGGCUUUUCAUCCACUUGGCUCACUUAGGUAUUGUUUUAGCAUCAUUUUCUCAUUUAUGUGGGUCUCCUACCUGUAUGAUCUGCUUGCUUGCCUGCCUGUAAAACCAGGCCACCUUUUUAGAGGUGACUUGAAUUUAUUUUUUUCUUGUUAUUUUUCUGUAAUUUAGCUUUUGUUUUAGUGCUUUUAAUAUAGGUGAAAGUGAAGUUUUCAAUGGGCACAAAUACGGACAUGUAUGUCAAUGUGCAAACCAUAGCACACUUGUGUAAGAAAUAAAAUGUGUAACAAAAAAUAUAACAUAAAACAUUUUUAGAACAUGCAUCCCCAUUCCUCACCAUUUUCCUCCUCCAGCAGAAAGAAAUUCAAGCCAACUUUGAAAAGUGUCAGAAAUUUAAUACCAAAUUACAUAUUCACUCUAUGACCUAAAACACAAUUCGUUUUGGGGACUGGAUUCAUAUGGGCGAUUGACAAUUUUGCAAUUGAUAUAGAUAAGAUCGUAACAAACAUACUACAUUUCAUAUGCCUGAAUUGGAGGAUCAAACUGAAGAAUUAUAUACAGAUGCCUCUAUUGAAGGUGCUCUGCAUCUUCAUUGUAUAACCCCUCUGUUGGAUUGUUACCCUAUUUGUUUAUCCAUUUUGCUGACUUUUUUUUGCAAGCUAUUUUCUCUGCGAGUCUUCAUUAUGGAGAUGGUCAAGAUGAGUAAAAAGAAGAUACUUUGAAAAUCUGUAUUUAUCAAGAAGGGUCUCCCUAAGUCUUGAAGGCUCUUGAGAAAUUAGAUUUGUAUGUUUUUGUAUUAAAUCCAUAAAGGGAACUUAAAAAAUGGUAAUAUAUAACAAUGGAUAAAAACGACCUUCUACACAAUGUGUUCUAUACAUUUUUUACACGUGUUUUUGUUAGUCUUAUGGCCUGCUUUGCACAUGCAGUUUGCAUUUGUCUUUGCAGAUAUCUAUGCUAUGGACUCCAACUCAAUCUUUUAUAUUUUGGGAUUUCUUCAGCAGUUUUAACAUUAUCACACAAUUGGACCUGAGGCGGGAGGCAAAAAAGCACACAUUCCGAUAACCUGACAAUGCUGUGGAGGAAAAAAAAAAUACAUGACGUGUUUCACGUAGUUGUUUAUAACCAGGCUAAGACUCCCAGUUUGGUAUACUCGAUUACCUUGUUUUAUAUCAGGAUUCAAACAGAAUUAACAGCAGUGUUGGCGCAGUGCUCAGAAAUGGUCAUCAGCUGCUGGGCCACUCGGACAACGCUUCAACUAACAUUUAUGUUCACAAUAAUCGUACACCCUCCACGCACUUUCACUGAUUAUACACUGGGCCUUCUUAUGCUGAGUGAUGAAUACGAAUAUAGGUUCAAGCUUGCUUCUGAUAUGCUCGAGUCUUGUCGUCGAUUGGCAAUCACAUGUAUUAUUUUCAGUUUUGUGAAGUUUGGUUCAAUAAUACAAUAAUUAUGUUCCACUUUGGGAUGGUCUCCUCUGUUGGACAUGUACAACAAAUGGAAAUAAAUUUAUCUAGAAGUUGAAAUGUUUCCUUUAAAAAAGGCCUGCCCUUCGUUAUUCCAACAUUUGUAUUACACGUUAAAAUGUUUUCACACGCUUAGAUAGCUCAGAGUUGUAAUUCAGUUGCCACAAUUAGUCAUUGAUUUGUAGUUUAUCGUAUUCAUUACUAUUUUGUUAUUAAAUAAUUUAAUAAUAACCCUGAAUUUCAGCUGUAUAGUUUCUUAUUCUUAAGAAACUAUACAGCUUGUUAGCCAGAAAUGUAUAAUGUACAAAACUGAGUCCUUGCAAACUGCAUGAAGUUGCCUUUAACAAAUAAAUCAAUCCUCAAAGUAA